UGUGUUUCCGGAAGGUAAACAUACAUUUCAAUUAUUUUGGAUGUGAUUUAAACAUAACGUUGAGUAUUUGAAGUUGUCGGAUAGAUUUUUACACCCGUGAAGGUUUAGGAUUCUUCGGUCUCUACGUCUAUAUCGUUCCUCAAAUAUAUGUAUACAUGUUUAGUGAUGUUCGUCUGUUGUUGAAGCUAACGGGCUGGUACAGAGCAGGUCUCACGUGCGCACGGAUCGAAGCCAUUUAUCGAUCUUUGGCCUCCUGGUGUCACACUACACCCCAGCGCAUACCGUUGUCAGCACACGGCAUCAAUAUUCAUGAAAAUCGCUUUUCAGUUACGGAAAAGGAUGAUUAUAGAAGAACUGAACAACACGGACUCCGUAACUACAGUUGCUGGAGCAUUUUGAUAAGGUGUUUGUGAUCAUGGGCUCCGCUGUCAGUGAUAGACUGGCGUCGCUGGUGCUUGUUCGGGAAAGCUUAGAAGUCAAGGGAUAGUCAACAAAGCAUGUCAAGUCAACCAAGGCCAUAUUCGCUAUUUACAUGCAAAUAAGCUUCUAACAGAUGACACAUGUAGCGUAUAUAUGGCUGUAAUCUAUAGCAACGUCGCUCGCAACUCUACGUCACGAUUGCCAAGAUGAUGGUAAGCGUGUGUGAUGCUAUCAGCGGCACCAUGCGUUGACAUUCAUCUGGCCGUUUUGAGAAACCAUGGACUACAGUUCCAGCACAGACGGGGAGUGUCAAUUUCUUUGGAAUAUCGUGUUUUAGAAAUAUAAAUAUUGGUUGUGUCUCUCUCUAUAUAUAUUCCAUGUGUGAGUAUUUUGUGUAAUUUAGAUUAAAUUUUUUAACAAUUACAAUGUCGGCAAAUAAUACCACAGUGGCCAUUACCCAAUGCUCGGACGAUAAACGCUGGUAUACAUUUCUAGCGUCCAGCCUUAUCACCUUUGGAUUUGGUCUGUACAUAAUUCUGUGUUAUAGAGUGUUACUGCUCUUUUUCUGUCGAAGAAGGAAACAUGCUGGAGUCGCGAAAGUUUCCCAUCAAAGUGGACCUGUACCUAUCCCCGGGGGAAAGAACGUGCCAGGUUUUAUGAAAACCCCCGAUCCUGAAAUAGGAUGGAUGACCGAAGCCAAGGACUGGGCUGGAGAGCUGAUCUCGGGACAAACUACGACAGGGAGAAUACUGGUUGGAUUGGUGUUCAUGCUAAGCAUUGCGUCCUUGAUCAUCUACUUCAUUGACGCAUCCCAACAGGAUGUAGAAACGUGCGAAGCAUGGGCCAACAGUCCUCGACAACAGGUGGAUUUAGCAUUCAACGUAUUUUUCCUGAUUUAUUUCUUUAUAAGGUUUGUAGCAGCCAAUGAUAAGCUAUGGUUUUGGUUGGAGCUCUUCUCAUUUGUGGAUUACUUCACCAUUCCUCCAUCUUUUGUUGCUAUUUACCUGGACCGCAGUUGGCUUGGGCUGAGAUUUUUGAGAGCAUUGCGGCUGAUGUCCAUACCUGAUAUCUUGACCUACUUAAAUAUUCUGACCACCAGUACAAGGAUAAGACUGUCCCAAUUGGUUGCCUUCUUCAUCAGCAUGUGGUUCGCAUCUGCCGGCUUUUUACAUCUGAUUGAAAACUCAGGAGAUCCACCGCAUUUUACCAACCCACAAAAGCUGACCUAUUGGGAAUGCCUGUACUACUUGCUGGUUACCAUGUCCACUGUAGGAUAUGGAGAUAUCUACGCUACCACAACACUGGGCAGGAUCUUCAUCAUUCUGUUUAUAAUGAUCAGUAUUGGUAUGUUUGCCAGCUUCAUACCGGAAAUCGCCGAGAUCAUCAGUCAACAGCAAAAAUAUGGUGGAGCUUAUAAAAAAGAGCGGGGCAAAAAGCACAUUGUUGUUUGUGGACAUAUCACCUUUGACUCCGUUUCAAACUUCCUAAAGGAUUUUCUACAUAAGGACAGAGAGGAUGUGGACGUGGAGAUCGUAUUCAUCCACAAGAGCCUGCCAGACCUGGAACUGGAGGGAUUAUUUAAGCGACACUUCACACAGGUCGAGUUUUUCCAGGGCUCGGUAAUGGAUGCUAACGACCUUGAUCGAGUUAAGGUGGUAUCCGCCGACGCCUGUCUUGUACUAGCCAAUAAGUAUUGUCAGGACCCUGACCAGGAAGACGCGGCCAACAUCAUGCGUGUCAUCUCUAUAAAAAAUUUCCAUGCUGAAAUUAAAGUUAUCGUACAGCUUAUGCAAUACCACAACAAGGCGUAUCUGUUAAACAUCCCGAGCUGGGACUGGAAACGAGGAGACGAUGCUGUGUGUAUAGCGGAAUUAAAGCUUGGAUUUAUUGCUCAGAGUUGUUUGGCUCCUGGCUUCUCUACUUUGAUGGCUAACCUCUUUACAAUGAGGUCAUACAAAACAUCACCUGACAUGGCCAAGUGGCAAAAUGACUACAUGCGGGGUACGGCUAUGGAAAUGUAUACAGAAUAUCUGUCAAGUUCUUUUAAUGGCAUGACAUUUCCUGAGGCCGCAGAGCUCUGUUUCUCUAAGCUGAAGCUGCUCCUACUGGCAAUUGAGGUUCGACAGGAAGAAGGAAGGGAGAGUACUCUAGCCAUCAAUCCUGGUCAGAAAAUAAAAAUUGAAAAUGCCACCCAAGGAUUUUUCAUAGCGGAAUCAGCAGAGGAGGUGAAAAGAGCGUUUUACUUUUGUAAAACAUGUCACACUGCAACAACCGAUGUGAGGGCGAUCAAAAAAUGUCGCUGUAAACCAUGUUAUAGCAUCUCCAAGUUAAUUGCCGCAAACCCAAUGCUUACACAAAAGGAUCGCAAAAUGUCGGCAAAUACAUUCAAAAACAAACUAGGAGAUGGAGGUGGUUCAGCUGCAGGAGGCGGCGGUGUUGGCGGAGGAGGAGGAGGAGUAGGCGGUGGCGGUGGUGGCGGAGGUGGCCAAGGAGGAGGUGGCGCUGCAGCUGUUGCUGCCGGAGGAGAGAAGCAUUCUACAAAAUACGCCUCCCUUAAAGGCCCAAGACUUGCUAUGCCUCAAAGCCCAAGUAAAGCUACACUCCCCCCACUAGAGGCUGGCAAAGAACCCAUUUGGCCGAAGGAUGCUGGCCCCAGCGAAGAACCACGAAAGUUUGAUUCUACGGGAAUGUUCCACUGGUGUCAGUCUCGACCACUGGAAGAUGCAUUGAUGGAUCGAGACAAAGCUUCAGUGACGGUAUUGUGUAAUCACGUUGUGGUAUGCCUGUUUGCGGACGCCAAUUCUCCUCUGAUUGGCAUGAGGAACUUAGUGAUGCCCCUUCGGGCGAGUAAUUUCCAUUAUGCAGAGCUCAAGCAUGUUGUGAUCGUAGGUAACCUCGAUUACCUUAGGAGAGAGUGGAAAACUCUACAAAAUUUUCCAAAGUUGACCGUUCUGCCUGGAUCCCCUCUCAACCGUGCCAAUCUACGGGCAGUCAAUGUGAACCUCUGUGAUAUGUGUGUGAUCGUCUCAGCUAAGGAUAAAAACCUUGAUGAUCCUCAUCUGGUGGACAAAGAGUCUAUUCUAUGUUCCUUAAAUAUCAAAGCCAUGACAUUUGAUGAUAGCAUAGGGCUUUUACAGGCCUCCGCUCAGCCUGGGGCGGGCUUCCUCCCUCCUGGUUUCUCACCGAUGGGCAGUCCAGCAAAGAUGCCUCGACGAGGAUCAGUGUGUGGUUCAAACGUACCCCUCAUCACGGAACUCGCGAACGACUCAAACGUGCAGUUCCUUGAUCAGGACGACGAGGAUGACCCGGAUACUGAGCUGUACAUGACUCAGCCUUUCGCCUGUGGCACGGCGUUUGCUGUUAGUGUACUUGACUCCCUCAUGAGUACGAGUUACUUCAAUGAUAAUGCCUUGACUCUGAUCCGGACACUCAUCACCGGCGGAGCCACGCCGGAACUGGAGCAGAUUCUAGCAGAAGGAGCGGGGAUGAGGGGAGGCUACUGUACACCUAAUGUUCUGUCUAAUCGGGACAGAUGUCGGGUCGCCCAGGUAUCUCUGUUCGACGGACCUUUGGCUGCAUACGGCGAUGAAGGUCAUUACGGCGAACUUUUUGUGAACGCGUUGCGUCACCAUGGCAUCCUAUGUAUAGGUCUGUAUAGGUUCCGAGAUACCAGUGAUAGCCAAUCUAGCCCCUCAUCAAAGCGCUAUGUGAUCACCAACCCUGCAGAGGACUUUCCUCUUCUCCCAACCGAUCAGGUAUUUUGUCUUGUGCCAUGCAAUCUCUCACAAAGUUCCAAUACCUCAACAAGUCGGAAUGAGAAAAGCAUUCUGCCUAAUGCCUUUCAAUCCAUCACUUCAAGGAAAAACACCAAGACCGACGUCAAACAGGAGUCGGGUACAUAGUACCGAGGUGGAACAAAUCCAGUAAAUCAUGUACGUCAUUCUGUGCUGCAAAAAGUCUUCAACUGCCACCAACUGAUAGAGUUGUUGUUUGUGCAUUGAUUGAAGGAUUCAUAUUUGUGUAUAGAUCCAAAGGGACGUUUACUUUAAAUGUCCUACAUUUAACAUUUGCACAAAAAAUAACUCUGAAAUUACAUGACAAUAAGCAAAGGCGAAAGUCACUUUAAAAGCGUUCCCGUAAAAAACAAAAUGAGGUAUAGGGAAGGAAAACGAGGUUGAACGAAAUCUAAAGUCAGUCAAUUAAAGGUGAAAUAAUGACAUGUAAGAUUACCAAAGAGAAGAUUAUUCAACCCAUCGAAUUGUUCACCUCUUUACUGGCAGACUUUUGUGAAAUACUCAGACGCUUCAUGCUCCGAGAUGAUAAUGACUAGUUUAAUUUUUUAUAUUCCAUUUUUAUGACGUGCAAUAAGUUGUCUUUAAUUGUUAGAUGUGGUUUAAUGCUCUUAUAAGCUUAUCUAAUUAUGUGUAUGGUAUCCAUCUUUAAUAAACAUUGUUAUUAGCGUACCAUAAAAUAUCAUUAACUUGGAAGCUUUGGUCUUUCCGAACCAUGCUUUAACUGUUUUGUAUAUUACUUUUUUUUACAAACCAUAUUAUCAAAUAUGAUUAUUUGGGUCUACAUUAAUUUACAACAGCACAUGUUUUUAUGCUUAAUACAUUGCUAGUCUAAUAUGUUCGGAAGAGGCUGAUUUAGCUUCUCAUUUUUUUCAUAGAAAACAAUUUUAUACAACUAUUACCUAACGCCUUACUUUGUUCUUAUACUUUUUCCAACUUCUGUGUGUGCUGUGUGAUAAAGAGAGAAAACUUGUGUGCUUAACCCAAGUGUCAACACACAAGACCACAUACAGUAGCGUCAACGCUCUAAUUACACAGUCUCGUCACACAUGGACACCAUACUCAAAUAUCAACACUCCAUUAGAAAAUCACGCUUUUUCUGCCGGAGUUUAGAGCUAUUGUUUUCUCUCUUUUUUAUGACAUCUAAGUCAGUGGUUUAUAUCAUCUUUCUAUAUUGGAAAUUAGUGCUACAUAACAUUGUUCUAUUUUCAAUAACGAAAAAAAUAUAAUCAAAUUAUAAGAUUGAUUAUUGCCUUCAUCAUAUUCAAGUGCAAAUUUUUUGUAUGGAAAUUCCCUUUCAAGCGGUGUUUUACUCAACCCGAAAGAAAGAACUUUAACAGGUUUCUUCAAUUCAUGUACAUUCUUGACAAAAUACGAUUGUGUUGGGUUGAAAAUCACAAAAUAACUUAAAGUUAUACACCGUUAAAGACCGCGUUCUGAACAUGUUACUUUUUCAUAGUUGGUGAAUUUUCCUGAUAAUCAUAUUUUUCGUCAGCAGAGUUACAAAUAUUUAAUUAUGAAAGUUCAUUGAUAAAAAACAGUAUUAUGGGUUUCGCAAAUCGUAGUGUAGAAUUUGACCUCAUUCAAAUGUUGAUGUUUUAUUAAGCUAUUGUCUGUACUAUCUUCGACUAUUUUUUAUAGUGUCAAGGUUGUGCUUGGCAUCUUUAGAAAUCAUUUGUUUAUAUAGUUUUGUCAGGUGUUCAUGCCAUCUAAUGGGAACGCAGAAGACGAACUUUAAUUGUGACAUAGUUGCGGAUUGGCUAUCCGAAAGGUCAAAUAUCAUAUGCAAAUAUUAUUUUUUUCUGUGAAAAAUGGCACUAUUCCAUGCCGGGCAAAACAAAAAGCAUUUUUUUUUCGAUGUAUAUGAUCCUGUUGAUGUCAUUGGAUAUUCAAAAAAUAUUCCUUCUUGUAACUAACUUUGAUAUAAAUUCGCGCUUAAAAAUCUGAUUUAGUGUGAAAAUGGCUUUUUUCAGAAAAACCCUAAUGUUAUGCCCAUGUAUUUCUAUUUUUCCGAUGGAAAAAUGUUUGGCUUACAAUUAUUUUUUCACAUCAGUCGGAUGAUUUAUAAAUUGUGUACCUUUUUCAAACAUUGACGCAUUUUGCUUGAAUGAUGUACCUAAUUUCGACUGCGUUGUGCAAAUUCCACUGGCUUUAUAGUCUCAAACUUUUUGGUGUCAUUCAUGAAAUGUCACUUAAUUUAUUAGUCAGUUUUAAUUCUAAAACAUAUUGUAAUCAUUAUCUGAGGGACGUAGAUCCAUAUUUUAUUAGCAUCCAUUUAACAUUAGCAAAUAUUUGUCUUUAUGUAUCACUUAGCAAACAAAAAUAACUUCGUUAGUGAUUGUUAGAUUUAAUUCAGUGAUAAAAGUUUGUGUUUUGCUUUCAUUAUUUGCAUUUAAUACUUGUAGUCUGUUCAUAAAUAUAGAGGUUUGACUAAUUACAAUGUGUCAGUACAGCAUGACUAGCGGCACCAAUAUGUACCAACAUCGAGUGAAGUAAUUUUGUGAUGGGUCGGCGUCUUUCUCCGUGAAGACAUUACUGUAGUUUAAGUUCUGUACAACACGGAUUGUAACCUUGAACAAUUGUAUUGUGAUCAUAUCUGUGAUAUUUUUGCCCCAUGGUUUACAUUUAUUUUUCUAUGAUAAAAUGUUGUGUUAUGAUAGAUAAUACACUUGUACAUCAUGAUAUAUUGGUAUUGUAAAAAAUCGUUCACUUCCUGUUUGUACAUAUAUAAUACGUAUUUAUCAAUUAAUCUCCUUACUUUCCCCUUUCUCAAAAAUUAAACUUGUCAGUUGUUAAAUUGAUUAAAAGAUCCUAUUUGUUCUCGUACAUGUAUAUAUUUUAAACUAAAACUAGUAUUGUCUUCUUGUAACUAUCAACAUUCCCAUCCUGCAUACAGAUCUAUAAUUUGAAACUCUAAUUCAAAAUUAUGUUACCAAAUGUAUAUAUUACAAUGUUACUAACACUUUCAGAGUGAUCACAUGUGCUCUGACGUCAUCAAAUAGUAUACAGGUGUCUAUUUUAGAUAUUCGUCGUGCUUGUUUUCCGUACGCGAUAUAAAUUCCCUUUAUUGUUGCAAUAAUUGAAGAUAAAUAACUGUUGAAAUGGCAGAUGGAUAAUUUCUAAAGUCCUUAAACAAAUCUACGUUUUCUUUCCUUUUUUCCGAAUGGGUCUGUGUAUAUCCCUUUUUAUCUUUGAUAAAAUGGAGACACUGUACACAGGGUAUUUAUAUAUGUAUCACAGCAAAUGUAAUUUAGCUAUUUUUAUCUAAAAUUUAUUCAAGACUAAAGUACAAUAUUACACUAACAAUGGUGACACAUACGAUUCACAAAUAAAUGAUAGAUAUUUAACGUGAAAGUGCUAAAACAGCGUUUCUCUGUGUCAAUAUUCUGUGCUAUAUUAUUAAAAAUUCAACUCAACCGACUGUGUCUUGCGUAUAUCAAGCUAAUUGGCCCACGAUUAUUUUCCGAAUCACGAUUGACGGUUUUCAAAAACCGUUUAACUCAAACGAAGACUUAUUUAUAUAGACGUGAAUCCCAAAUAUUUCAUAGGAUGCAGUGGAUCUUGUUGGCUUCUGUCUGAUCUACAACAUAUGUUUUAUGAUUCAAUUCCUCGAAUUAUUUUUCUAAGUCAUUUUAUUUUAGAAACGAAACUGAUUACAAACAAUAUUACUUUGUAAUGUUCAGAGUACGUGUUAUCUCGUAUGAUGACAUUAACACUAUUUUUAUUUAAGUCUUGUUUUUUUGGUAAAGUUUAUAUUUUUUUUUCAUUUUGGAUAUCAUGCCACCGGAUCUAGAUGUAUUGCCGUUUUUUUUUAAUGGCGAAUAAAUCAAUUUUCCUAUAAAACAGAAAUCAGAAUACUUACAAAUACUUUUUUGAACAUUUGCAUUUCACGAGCUAUGUGUUACCAUAUGUAUUUCUGAAUAAAAUGAUACUUUUAUACUUA